AUGUCCAUCACCAAAGUACACGCUCGUCAGAUCUUUGACUCGCGAGGCAAUCCGACCGUCGAAGUCGACUUGUACACCGCAAAAGGUCGUUUCCGAGCAGCCGUCCCGUCUGGUGCAUCCACUGGCGUUCACGAGGCCGUCGAACUCCGUGACGGUGACAAGAAGUCGUAUGUUGGAAAAGGUGUGCUCAACGCCGUCAAAAACGUCAAUGAGACCAUUGCACCCGCCCUCAUCGACUCUGGUCUCUCGGUCACUCAACAAAAGGACAUUGACGCCCUCCUCAUCAAACUCGACGGAACGCCCAACAAGGGUAAACUCGGAGCCAACGCCAUCCUAGGUGUCUCCAUCGCCGUCGCCGAAGCUGGUGCCGCCGAAUCUGGCUUGCCUCUCUAUGCCUAUUUGGCCAAACUCGCUGGACACCCAGAAGGUGGCAAGAUGACGAUGCCGUGCCCUGCGUUCAAUGUCAUCAACGGUGGCUCGCACGCUGUUUAUGCUCCUCCCCACGGGAGCGACCAGCUUCACCGAGGCGAUGAAGAUUGGUACCGAGACGUAUCAUACGCUCAAAAGGUCAUUCAGGCCAAGUAUGGGCUUGAUGCGACCAACGUCGGUGACGAGGUGGAUUCGCACCCAAUGUCGCUGGUGCCGAGAGAGUCUCGAGUUGUUGAGCGAGGCGAUCAAAAGGCUGGAUACGAGGGCAAGAUCAAGAUUGGACUCGACGUUGCGUCUUCCGAGUUUUACAAGGACGGCAAGUACGACUUGGAUUUCAAGAAUGCCAACUCGGAUCCGACAAAGUGGAUCACCGGCAAAGAGUUGGGCGACUUUUACAACAAGAUGAUUGAGAAGUACCCGAUUGUGUCGAUUGAGGAUCCGUUUGAUCAGGAUGAUUGGGAGGCCUGGAGCUCGUUUACCAAUGGCACCAAAGUCCAGGUUGUCGGUGAUGAUUUGACAGUCACCAACCCCGAACGUAUCCAGACGGCGAUUGGCAAAAAGGCGUGCAAUGGCUUGCUGCUCAAGAUUAACCAGAUUGGUACGAUUAGCGAGAGUAUCCAAGCCGCCCAGCUUGCUCAGUCGGACGGAUGGGGUGUCAUGGUCUCCCACCGCUCGGGUGAGACUGAGAACACGGUCAUUGCCGAUCUCGUCGUCGCUCUCGGGGUUGGCCAGAUCAAGACGGGUGCACCUGCGCGAAGCGAGCGUGUAGCCAAGUACAAUGCUCUCCUCCGCAUCGAAGAGGAACUCGGAGAGAAUGCCGUCUAUGCGGGUGAACAAGGUCUUGCCGCGGGCACCACGGCGCCUGCCUUGUUGAAGAACAACGAACCAAUCCCUUGUGGGUCGCCAAAACAAUAUAUUUCAUCCUGGGGGACAAAGUCGAAAGAAUCUCUUUGCAAUCCAUUUGUCUCGAAACAGGAGAUUUCGGAUGGUGUAGGAUCAUCGAAAAUCUCGUUCCUAUCUGCGGACUCGUCUCCCGCCGCGGUCGGUCUUUCGCCUCGUGUGGAGAAUGGCUUGCCUGCUCCAUCCUCCGAGGGAGUCGACGAAUAUGCCAAUACCAUCUCUAAUGAGCCAUUCAAGGCUUCCAUGGUCCUUCAGCAUGAAGUUGAGCACCCCUUUGUCUCUGAUGAGCCGCCAACCUCAAGCGCCAUUCGAGUUCUAAACGAUACGAGCUCUCAUAAAGAGAACUGGGCCAAGGAAGCAACGAAUACGCGCCCGAUUCGUCUACGUGACAUGAUCGCCAAGCUCAUUCGUCCUGUGGCGACGUUCAAGAGACUGAUAAAGAAUCCGAUGCGGCAGACGCAACUUUCUUCCUUGCUGCCUGAUCCUGAUCCCCGUUUGUCUCCGCCUAGACGUAUAACCAAUCCCAACCUCACAACGGCGGGCCACCCAUCACGAACAAGCCACUCCGCGUCCUCUCGGGAUACUAUCCGACCGCAGAAUUUGACGAGUACAUCUGGAAAUGCAAAUGUCGUUUUUUCUGAUUACCAUCGCACAUCCACACCUCGUCCCUCAGACACUUCCGCAGCCGUCAUAGCUGUGGGAGAGAUCAACCACAUCUUGAAUCAUUCCAUUCAUCCUUCAUCUGCUCAUUCUCUUGUCGGCCAGACAAGCUCGUGCCGCUCGCAUUCAUUAUCCGCCAAGCAUACCACAGUCAACUCGGAUCCCGGUUGUUCAUACUCAGUGAGCGGUACAGAAAGGAAUCUCACCGGUCAUGUGCACCUGUAUCUGUCGCAUAAAGUCUACGAUGGUCCAUAUUCGACUGUUUAUCCUGGCCUUUACAAUAACGGAAUUCGCGAAGAGCGCGUCGCUAUCAAAGUAGUCAAGUCAAUCGGUCCCAUACACUCGAUACGGCGGAGGCGCCGUCGAGAAGUCAUUACUGGGACGAUUCUUUGUCACCCUAAUAUCCUCCCCGUUUAUGGUAUUGCCGAAGGCAAAGAGUUUGGUGCCUUUGGUGGAAUCGUUACUCCAUGGUGUCCGAAUGGUAGCGCUGUGCAUUAUCUACACACCCACGACAUUUUGCCGGCUGAGAGAUACCGCCUGUGGGAGGGAGUUGUGGAUGGGCUUGCGUAUCUGCAUGCGCACGUACCGCAGAUCGUCCACGGAGAUAUGAAACCUGUAGGCCAACUUCCGACUACAAUUAAUCAACUCAUUAAUGAUAUGCAGCCUAAUGUUCUCAUCGCUGACGAUGGACGACCUAUGAUCUGCGACCUCGGACUUGCACGAGUCGAGGAAUAUCGGCGACCGUCUUCGUCCAAUGGCGUCCUUAGUAAUAGAUGCUGGGAAUGGAUGGUUGGGAUCAAUACUACGAGCGCACAUACGGGUACGCCGCGUUAUCUCGCACCAGAACAGGUCGACCCGGACAAUCCGUCGAGACCAACCAUGGCUACGGAUGUAUAUGCAGUAGGGUGCAUUGGGUACGAGUUUAUCUACUCGGCGGUACCCUAUUCGCACCGUAAACACAAUCUGCAAGGGCAAAUCUUUCACGACAUUCGCAACGGUGUUCCACCCGCACGUCGACCUGACAUUGCAACUCCGUCCUCUACCAAUCCCACCACGGCGUCGUCCGAGGUCCGUGGGAUCACGAUCCUCUGGGAUGUUCUGGAGUUGUGCUGGAGUCGCGAUCCCUAUCGUCGGCCGAGUGCAUCGGACUUGUGCGAGUGGUUGGCGCAGAACGGGAACGUGAUUGUCGAUGCACUCGAGCGCCGAGUAUAA